GAAGUAAACAGCACUAUCUUUAUCGUCAUCUCCCCUGUAUGCUGUUUCAAGUCAUUUGACCACAGCAAGGUUAGUUUCGGCAGAGUGCCAAAAAUGAGAGAAAGAGUUUGCCCCCCCCGCCUUCUUAAAAUAUGAAUGUCACUCAAAUAUACGAGUGCAGGGACUGUUGCUGCUGGCAGGAAUUUGCAGUGUGAAGAAUUUGAGGACCAGUGGUAUAACAGCUGUUUGCCUAUCAGUCAGCAGCCUAAAGGACACUGAGUUAGACAAGGUGUGUGGUAGUGUGCUGGAUUUUACACUUAAAAGGGUUUGUCAGGGUGCGGUAGGUCAGGGGAGAAACUGUAUAUUACUUUCAUAGAUGUAGUAACAAGUAGAUUUAACAAGUAGUAACAUCAGCAUUCCUUUGUUCCACUAUUCACCAAGACUUUCAACGCAAAUGUCAAGGGCAGGACAGUUGCAGGAUGUUGGAGGCUGCGAACACAGUGGUGAGGUUUGCUGACUAUGGAGGUGAAAGCUUAACCCUGCUACCAGCAAUCGAGAACAGCUCUGUGUCCCCAACAUGGCAGCCAGACCCCGGAGCUAACAUCUCCAAGCCACACAAGUGCCUUCAGAUUCUGUUUGAAGACAUCGGCGACUCCAGAGUUCGAUUCUGGGAUCUUCUUCUUCUUAUCCCGAAUGUGGCAUUCUUUGCGUUUCUGGUCUGGAAGCUGCCAUCUGCCCGAGCCAAGAUCCGUAUUACUUCCAGUCCCAUUUUUAUUACUUUUUAUAUACUGGUGUUCGUCGUAGCUGCUGUUGGAAUUACCCGUGCUGUAGUCUCCAUGACUGUUAGUGCUUCUAGUGCAGCUACCAUCAUUGACAAGGUUCUUUGGGAGAUAACACGAUUCUUCCUGCUUGCCAUUGAGCUCAGUGUUAUCAUACUAGGUCUUGCUUUUGGUCACCUUGAAAGCAAAUCAAGCAUAAAGCGUGUCUUAGCGAUCACUGCUGUGCUGGCACUGGCCUAUUCUAUCACUCAGGGGACCUUAGAGAUCCUGUACCCAGAUGUCCAUCUCUCAGCAGAGGACUUUAACAUCUAUGGCCAUGGAGGAAGACAUUUCUGGCUUGCUAGUUCCUGCUUCUUCUUCCUGAUCUAUUCCCUGAUAGUCAUCCUUCCAAAAACACCUUUAAAGGAAAGAAUAUCUCUUCCAUCCAAGAAGAGUUUUUAUGUAUAUGCUGGUAUCCUGUCAUUGCUGAACCUAGUACAGGGUCUGGGCAGUGCAUUACUGUGUGCGGAUAUCACAGAAGGACUCUGCUGCGUUGACGUGACUACGUUCCUAUAUUUUUCCGUGUUUGCUCCCCUGAUCUACGUGACAUUCUUGAAAGGAUUUUUUGGAUCAGAGCCAAAGAUCCUGUUUUCCUACAAAUCCCAGAUCGAUGAGCCUGAUGACACAGAUGUUCACCUUCCCCCGACCUAUGGUGUGGGCAAGAAAGAUGGUCAUGAACCUGGAUUCUACUCCAGCACACAGAUAGAUACCUCGGGGUCCUACUUGGAUGAUGUCGCCUCAGGCCCUUAUCCUGUGGGUAGCAUUAACAGUAUUGAUAGUGACCGCUGGAGGGCCAUCAAUGCCUAGAAUCCAAUCCAGAGGAGGGGUAGGAUUCUGCACCUCUCCAGGAACAGUUCUGAUCAUGAAAUGUAAAAGACCAUGUGCAGGAUUUUAUAAAUCCAUUCAUGGGGAUACUUAGCAACAUGGAUGUUGCUUUUGAGCAAAGCAGUAAAUGUACAGUAUAUACAUUCCAAUCUGAAAUUUGCAACAGGUAAUCUCGGCUCCCUGCUGUCCCACAUGAGAAAGGGAAAUGAGCUGGCAGACAUAAUUCUCAAAUCAUUUUGCCUCACGGUUUUUGCCAAGUCAUCCUCAUUUUCUCUCAGACUCAGCAUUUACAUUGUAUUACAAGUGAUUCUUUUAUUUUUUUUAAAAAAAGCUUUUAACUAAUGCUUUAUUGAUGGCGUGAAACACUGACAUACAUGCUGCUUUGAUUAUAUGGGAAAUAAGAGACUUUACUGGAGUUUCUUAGAGGGGUUAAUUUAACUUAAAUCGUCACUUAAGAGUUUUGUUUUUGGUGCUUCAAUGUAAUAACACUGCUAUAGCUUUGGCUGUAGCAAAUUCACCAGAGGGGUUCGGUUUGUAGAAAUUCUAGUCAACAUGAUUUAUGGAGCAGUUGCAAAUGUUCAGCCAAAACAGUAAUUUAUCAGUUAAAUGGAUAAAUACCAACCAGUGUCAACUAGCUUAUUUCUGUCAUAAAUUAUUUUUUCCCUUUUUAUCCUGUAAUCAACAGCUGCUUUGUUACUUUUUCCCUGAUAUUAAGGGAAUUUAGAAAAGUUGUGUUUCCAUGGUAGGACCAGUGUGCUGGAAUUUAACCACUUUAGUGCACUAAAAGAAAUUCUAUAGAAGAGCAUUAAAAUAUAAAUAAGGUGUAUGAGAAAGAGUCUUAUUUAUUCCUAUGUGCGCAUAGUUUGUAAUUAAUGUUUGAUGGACCCGCCCAGUAAGACAUUGUUUUAAUGAGAACGUACUGAACAUCUGAUUAAAAAAUACUUAAAAUUUCCAUAACUGUAAUUGAGAACCAAGCAGAUGUUAAUUGCACUCUGAGAAGCAGGAUGGAACUCAUUGUUUCAGCUGUGAAUCCUACCUCAGGAAUGAGGAGGCUGAAGAAGGAUCCAUAGCUAAAAUAUGUGUUUAACUGUUUUUUUUCUAAUAUUCAGUGUGGAGCUGAAAAGUAGAAAGAAAUCUUUACUGGUUCCUUUAUUGAUUGCAUGGUGAAUGCAUGAAUGCAGUCUCCUGCUUUACUUGUACAAACUUGGAACAUUUUCCCCAAUAUCACUCUAUGUAACCUCCUCUUUUGUUUAACAAUUUUUAUAAAUCGGGAUUGCAUACAAGCUGUGAUUUUUAACCGUGGUAGUUCCCUGUUUGUGUUUUGGCCUUUACAAAAUCUGGAGCUGUAACCUUAUCAGUAGCACUAGAAAUGUGUUGCUGUACUAGUAUUAGACAAAUAAGUUCUCAGAAAACUAUAUGGAACACUCAGAUCCAGUAUAUCAGAAAUAGAAGGAUACAGUGUCUUGAUAUUAAGUACUAUUUCUCAGCACUGACACCUCUUGAAUAAAUAUUUUUUGCUUUAAUGAUUCCCCUGAAAUGGAUUAUAUUGUUAUCAAGACUUCUUCAGUAGUUAACUAGUUUCCUUAACUUGUAAGGCAAUAAUCUGGGCUGGAUUUUGCAUCUGGAAAUGCUGGACUUUUGCGUUUCAGGGAAUAGAUAGGAUGAUGUGGAUUGUUACAUCUGCUUGUACAGUGAAGAUGAACAUUUUUUUUGUGAGCCGUGAAUUGGAAACAUUUGUAAUUUUAAUUAUUUUUGAAUACUGUAUUGUGUAAAUCUGAAUUGCCAAAUCAGAAUAUUUUUGUGCUUUCAUAGGGUUUAACAGAGGUGCAGAUGUCACAAUUACAGCACAAGUAUUAUACAAUGUUUCUUAGCAAGAAUUAAAUCCAUGUUUGGCAGUGAAAAAGGUUUUUGACCUGUGUGAAAUUUAACUGGAAAGAGUACUCUAACUUUUGCACUUUGGGCUAAGCUUCUUUGGACUGCGUAUUUUAUUAAAAAAAGAGUGAUUGAAAUAUUUAAAUAUAGACCACAGAAACUUUCCCACUAUGAGAUUUUUCUGUUUCUUAAAUGUUAAAUGAUACACUUUGUUUUGAAUAUUGUGACCAAAUUUUGAACUGGCCCUUUAAUAUGGCAAAUCUGUGUUGGGAUUUUGAUGCAGCAUAAUAAAAGUUGCACAGGGAAAUGUUUUCAGAGGAAGUUGCCUCUAAUUGAAAAAUAUUUUUCUCCCAUGGAAUUUGGUCUGGAGCUGAAGACUGGCAUCAAGAUAGAUGAAUUCAAGAUGACCCUGGGUUCUGUUGGAGGUAUUUGACUGGUGGAAUUGUGGAGGCUUGGAAUUUGUAUUAGGGCAGGGAUCAACACAACACUUGAUUCAUCAUUGCAAGACCAACAUGAAAGCAUGUAAAAAUUAAACAUUUUUUAUUAAGAAAAUGGUUUUAUUUAAUUGUAUGUAUUUCUAUAGAGUAUUAUUGUGGUAUGUUAAACAUUCCUAGAAAGUGAUUAUUAAAAACGCUUCCUGUC